GUCGGACUCUGGUGGCGAUGCACGUAACUGUCAUCGGCACAUUGGACCACAUUGACACAAUAAAUAACGGACGCAACACGUGAAUAACGUUCGAGUCCAGUGAAUAAUGUCAUGCAGAACUGCGUUCUGAAAAUUUUUCGUCGCAGUUUCGUCAGCUGAUGAUAGACGGUCGCGAGAUUUACACGCUUUUGUAAAAAGUCGUUCGUGCUUUCGAGAAAAAUCGCAACCGCACGUUCGCUACGGUACACAACGACGUGUCUGUCAGAAUGCGUGCCGACACGUAUAUUCUGCUCAUCUAUUUGUCGUUUGCGAUUUCCGGCGACGCCGAAAAAAAUGAGAGCACCUUCGUGGCGACGCACGAGUGGCAAACUGUGAAGAAAGGAACUCCUAUCCCUAAAGGGCUUCAUGUAAGGCAUAACUUUGCAACUGGAAUGACAGAAGCUAAAUUAAUGGAUGAUGCUGAAGAAGUAAAAGAUGUUGAUGAAAGUGCAAAUCAAUCAAAUUCCAAGUCGCUAACAUUACAUCCUGAUAAAUCAGUGUUAGAAAAUAAAGAAGCAGAUCCUGUAAAAAUAAAAAAGGAUUCUGAAUCGUUAAAGUUUCCUAUUGAUGAGUUGAAAGCAAGAUUAAAAAAACUUAAACAAGAAGAAACAGUAGAUAUAUCACAUUUGCAUAAUGGAGAACCACGACCAAAAAUUGUAAAACACUUUAAAAAUUUUUAUGAAACUUUGAAAGAGGAACUUAAUGCUCUCAAAAUUAAUGUUACGAGCGACUCAGAAUUAUUAAAGGAAUUUUUCCAAAAAUUUCAAUCUUAUAAAAAUAGUGUCACUGCAGGGACAUUAACUAGCAUAGAGGUUGAAGAAGUUCUGGAUAUUUUGAACAAUUUAGAGUAUCUUCUUCAUCAAAUCGAUAAUGCUAAAGUAUUUUCAGACAUGGAUGGACUGACCAAAAUUAUAUCACCAUGUCUCAAUGGAACGAAUAAUGAGAUAAAAUCAGAAGCGUUACGCCUUCUGGGAGCAGCUGCCCAAUCGAAUCCGAAAGUGCAAGCUAAGGCAUUGGAAAAUGAUUUUAUACAAAAAGUAUUGCACGUUUUAUCUACAAGUAGUAGAAUUGAAGUAAGAUCCAGAUGUCUCUUCGCUUUAAGUGCCAUAAUACGUCAGUUCCCUGCUGCGCAAAAAGCGUGGAUCGAUCAUGGCGGCUUGCAAUUAUUUGGAAAAAUUCUAUACGAUGAUCAGUUACAGAUACAAAUGAAAGCAAUGAAACUGAUUAACGAUCUAACAAUUGAAAGACAAAAUCUGCAAGAGAUUUACGAUACUGAACAGCGUCAACAAAAAAUGAGGGAGUAUGCGAUUACAGAUUUUGAGCAAAGAUUACUGAGGCACGAUUAUUGUAAACUUUUAAGCAACUUAAUGGUUAAGUGCUUUAAAGAAAAGCUAAAUGGCCAAUUUAGUAUAGAAAAUACCGAUUUUCUUGAAGUAAUUUCAGAUAGUAUGAUCACGAUUUCUCCUGUUUGUAGAACUGAAUUUAACAAUAUUAAGUUUUCGCUUCUACCUGUUAUAGAUAAUCUGUUACACUUUUAUCAGAAUCCAAAUAUUAAGCUUACUGUCGACGAAACUGAUGUUUUGAAAAGUUUGAUAUUAUUGAUUGAAACGUUAAAAAUUGCUAUUUUUCAAACCCCUCAUGAUGAACUGUGAAUAUAUUCUGAAUUAACAUUUAAGAUAAAAGAUUAAAAAGGUACGAAAGUAUCAGACUAUAAAUUGAAUUCCAGCCGUAUGUCAACAGAUAUAAGAGUGCAAUCAUGUGCAAUAGUGUCACUUGUAUUAGCAUAGGGCUUUCUCAAUGCACAUUUGUUUGAAUUAAUAGUAAAAAAUUUUACGAAAAAGAAAAAGUUGGUCAUUGUAAUAGUUUUGAGAAACGAAUAUUAUCUGCGGAUAAACAUUUAGCUAUAAUUUAUAAAUAUUAAGAAAAUUC